AUGGGUUUCUGUAUAUUUGAGAGAUUUAAUUCCCUCUGUCUGUUCAUUCUCUUUCUUUCCGUCUCUUCACAAGUUAAUGCUCGAAGUUUGAAUGAUAGAACUGCACUUCUCUCCUUCAUGUCUGGUAUUGAUUCCGACCCCGGACAAGUGCUCGAGAAUUGGAAUUCUUCGGGUGUGCACUUGUGCAACUGGACGGGAGUUGAAUGUAACAGUGCGAGAGAUCGAGUUGUGAAAUUUGAUCUCAGAAGUCGAUCACUGGGAGGGACUAUUUCUCCAGCUCUCUCGAAUUUAUCAUUCUUAACUGUGCUCGAUUUGUCGGGCAACUUCUUCCAUGGUUCGAUACCAGCAGAGCUUGGAGCACUUUCCAGGCUUGAACAGCUCAGCUUGUCAUUUAACGUUCUUCAAGGAAAGAUUCCUUCUGCAUUUGGUUCUCUCCGGCAGCUGGUUUAUCUCAAUUUGGGAAGUAAUAAGCUUGUGGGUCAGAUUCCAGACUCACUAUUCUGCAAUGGCACCACUACAUUGGAGUAUAUAGAUCUGGCUAACAAUUCUCUGAGCGGCGAGAUUCCUUUGUGGAAUCAAUGUAAGCUAACUGGGUUGAGAUUUCUUCUGCUUUGGUCUAACAAUCUGGUGGGUCAGAUUCCUCCAGCCCUUGCAAAUUCAACCAGGCUUCAAUGGCUUGAUUUAGAAUCGAACUCUCUCAGUGGGGAGUUGCCAGCAGCAAUUGUAGAUAAAAUGCCACGGUUGCAGUAUCUCUAUCUGUCCUACAACAACCUCAUUAGCCACAACGGUAAUACAAAUCUCAGACCCUUCUUUGCUUCUCUUGUUAAUAGUUCUAAUUUCCAAGAACUUGAAUUAGCGGGAAAUAAUCUUGGUGGAGAGUUGCCUUCUUUAAUUGGUGAUCUUUCUACUAGCCUUUCGCAGCUUCAUCUUGGAGAGAAUCUUAUAGUUGGUUCAAUUCCUGCAAGCAUUUCCAAUCUUGUCAAUCUCACCCUCUUAAACUUGUCUAGCAAUCUCUUGAACGGAUCUAUCCCACCCGAGCUAUGCCGAGUUACAAGACUAGAGAGGCUUUAUUUAUCAAACAAUUCGUUGUCUGGCGAAAUUCCUUCAGCUUUUGGCAACAUUUCCCACUUGGGUCUUCUCGAUUUGUCGAGAAACAAGCUCUCAGGUUCAAUUCCAGAUAGUUUCUCUUAUCUUUCUCAGUUAAGAAGACUCAUACUCUAUGAGAAUAAUCUCUCUGGAACAAUACCUCCAAGUCUAGGAAAAUGUAUCAACCUAGAGAUUUUAGAUCUUUCGCACAAUAGAAUAUCUGGGUUUAUUCCAAAUGAAGUUGCAGGACUGAGCAGCAUGAAAAUGUACUUGAACUUAUCAAGCAAUCUCUUGCAUGGGCCGCUGCCAUUAGAACUUAGUAAACUGGACAUGAUUCUGGCCAUUGAUCUGUCAUCGAAUAAUUUCUCUGGCGUAAUCCCUCCUCAACUAGGGAGCUGCAUUGCACUGGAGUAUCUCAACCUUUCAGGUAACAACCUUCAAGGCCCACUUCCAGUCUCCAUUGCAAAUUUGCCUUAUCUUCAAGUGCUCGAUGUAUCUUCAAAUCAUUUGGUUGGAGAAAUACCAGAACCUCUACAGACAUCUUCCACUCUCAGAGAAAUGAAUGUAUCUUUCAACAACUUCUCUGGGACCAUUACAAAAGAGGGAUCAUUCGCAACACUAACAAUGGACUCUUUCCAAGGAAACCCAGGCGUCUGUGGAUCCAUCUCUGGAAUGAGAGCUUGCCAGAAGAAACGGAAACAUCAAAUUGUAAUUUUGCCGAUUGUUCUCUCACUGUUUGUUGUUACUCCUGCACUGUGCUUCUUGGGGUACCCACUAGUACACAAGUCAAGAAGACGAUCAUCGGCAGCAGUUUUUGCUGGUAGCAGGGACUCUGAUAAAGAGGAAAAAGAAAGAAAACAAGAACUCAAGUACCCGAGGAUCUCUUACCGACAACUAGUAGAAGCCACCAAUGGAUUCAAUUCCUCGAGCCUAAUUGGGUCAGGUAGUUUUGGGCAUGUUUACAAAGGAGUCCUUCAGGACAACACACGAAUUGCUGUGAAGGUGUUUGAUCCCAGGAUGGGCGUUGAGAUCUCUACGAGCUUCAAAAGAGAAUGUCAGGUACUAAAGAGGACCAGACACAGGAACCUGAUUAGGAUUAUAACUACUUGUAGCAGGCCUGACUUUAAGGCUCUUCUUUUCCCGUUAAUGCCAAAUGGAAGCCUGGAGACCCAUCUCUACCCAAGACACAGGUCAAGGCCUGAUCUCAACUUGGUUCAGCUGGUGAGCGUAUGCAGUGAUGUAGCUGAAGGGGUGGCCUACUUGCACCACCAUUCUCCGGUCAGGAUUGUACACUGCGAUCUAAAGCCGAGCAACAUCCUUCUCGACGACGACAUGACAGCUCUGGUAACUGACUUCGGGAUAGCCAGAUUGGUGAAAGAUGACGACGGUGGUGGUGGUGAUGGGGUGACGACUGUCACCAUUGAUUCUUCUUGCAUGGACUCUACAGCCGGACUCUUAUGCGGGUCGGUUGGUUAUAUUGCUCCCGAAUACGGAAUGGGUAAGGACGUUUCAACAAAGGGAGAUGCCUAUAGUUUUGGUGUUCUACUACUAGAGAUCUUAACAGGCAAACGACCAACAGACGUGUUAUUUGAUGAAGGUUCAAACUUGCCGGAAUGGGUUAAGAGCCAUUACCCGGACAAUCUGGAGCCCAUAGUUGAGGAAGCUCUGGUAAGGUUUGAACCACCAGAGACGCCAAGGAAUUGCAGCGAUAGAUGGUGGGGUAUCAUCUUAGAGUUGAUCGAGCUUGGUCUAAGGUGCACGCAGAGCUCUCCUUCAACGAGACCUUCCAUGUUGGACGUGGCCCUUGACAUUGGUCGGUUGAAACACUAUACCUAG